CUGCGUGCUUUAACAGCUCACCAAAACGCAUCUAGCCACACUUUCUCUGAGCAAAGAUAAAAGAAAAUAAUUUACUUAAUCCAAUUAAAACUGCCAAACAGUUAGUUUCUGGCUUGUCUUGCGUUGUUUUUCUUUGUCUGCCGACAAGCAAGUAAGUGCCUUUAUUUUUGGUUAGCUGCCGGUCUGCGCCCUCAUUACGCUUAAAAUCCGUGGCCUUUUAGAAAGCCAAAGGAUUAGGGCCCCAAAGCGGGGAGCUCCUAAAAACUAUACAUAUUCAGCUCAAGAAAUCGCAUAUGUUGAGUCAAGGCCAGCAGCAAUAACAUCAUCUGAGGCUAAAAUACAAAUGCAUUUGUGUGCGACAUAAAAGAUGCAACGUAUUGCCUAGGAUUUGUCCUCUCUUAUUGCUUCCUAAAACAGUGAACCUUCCGCAUCCACCAUGUGCUGCAAGUGCUGUGGAGAAACUCAACGCAAAAUCUGGGUCUUCGGCCUGGGCUCGCUCUUCCUGGUCCUGGGAGUACUUGUCGUGGUCUUCUGGCCCGGAAUUGCGGAUAGCCUAGUAGAGGAUGGCCUUACUCUCAAGCCAGGCACAGAUGCCUACGACAGCUGGCUUGAGGCACCUAUCCCGAUUUACCUAAGCUUCUACAUGUUCAAUUGGACAAAUCCUGAGGACAUAAGGAACCCUAACAUAAAGCCAAACUUCGUGGAAAUGGGUCCAUACACCUUCUUGGAGAAGCACAAGAAGGAGAACUAUACGUUCUACGACAAUGCGACGGUAGCAUAUUAUGAGCGCCGCACAUGGUUCUUCGAUCCAGAGCGAUCGAAUGGCACACUGGACGAUAUGGUGACCGCUGCCCACGCCAUCACCGCCACGGUGGCGGAUGAGAUGCGCAACCAACGCAAGAUAGUUAAGAAAAUCAUCAAUUUUAUGCUAAACCGCGAGGGAGGCGAAUUGUAUGUCACGAAGCCGGUUGGCGAAUGGAUCUUCGACGGAUAUCAGGACAAUAUUACCGAUUUCCUAAACCUGUUCAAUACCUCCAUGAUUGACAUUCCAUACAAGCGCUUCGGCUGGUUGGCGGAUCGAAAUACAUCGCUGACCUACGACGGCUUGUUCACCAUUCAUACUGGAACUGAUGAUAUAUCCAAUCUGGGCAGACUCACCCACUGGAAUAGAAAACCGGAGACUGGUUUCUACAAAAUGCCUUGCGGCGUAGUUAAUGGAACUACAGGUGACUUGUUCCCGCCCAAAAUGAAUGUGAACGAUGAGAUUACCAUUUUCGCAACCGAUGCCUGUAGAUUCAUGAACCUCCGGCCACGAGGCACGUAUGAGAAUCACGGCCUGACUGCCACGAAAUGGGUGGGCACUGAAGAGACCCUAGAUUCUGGGGAGAAUUACCCGAACCAAGCCUGCUUCUGUGAUCCAGCGCGGUUUGACGAGUGUCCCAAGACCGGUGUCGUAGAGUGUAAGGCCUGCCGAGACAAGGCGCCGAUCUACUCCUCCUUCCCGCAUUUCUACCUGGCUGAUCAGUCAUAUAUCGAUGCUGUCAGUGGAAUGAAGCCGGAGAAGGACAAGCACGAGUUCUUCCUAGCGGUAGAGCCUAUUACAGGAGUGCCUGUUCAGGUGCAUGGUCGAAUUCAGAUAAACAUGAUGAUUGAGCCCGACGAUGACUUCGAUAUCUAUCGUGGUGUACCAAAGGUACUGAUGCCCAUGUUUUGGUUCGAUCAGUAUGCUGAAUUGUCUUCAGAAUUGGCAUCCAAGGCUAAGUUGGCUAUCAAUUUGUCCAGCUACGGAGUUAUUUUCGGCUAUUCUCUGAUAGCAUUUGCCAGCGUUUUCAUUGUCACUGGCAUCACGUUGACCGUGACGAAGAAGUGGGUUCGACGACCUUCCGAAGAUGAGGACAUGCUGACGAACUAGAGGAUAGUAUUUUUAAGCAUAGCCAAAGUGCCAGGACAUGUUAAGUCUUCUAGUUUUUUCUGAUAGUCGCGCAACGCUUGUUGUUCUUUGUCAGUUAUGCGUUAUGUAAUAUAUAAGAUAUACGGAUCGAUGUUCGUCUUGCAUCUUGUGAUAGCAAACCUAACUCUUAACCCUACCAAGCCCUACUCUUAAUUGCAUUUCACAUAUCAUUUCCAUGUCGAAACUUUCCGGUUGAGAUUUACCUUAUUGUACUUGAUAAAACAUACUACACAAAUUGUAUUUUUACGAUUUUCAUUUGAAUUUAUAUUUUAUUUUGCAAAAAUAAUUUUUACAUCUUUUUUAUGCUUUACUCAGAGACUUUUCACUUAUCGUAUACGGUUGUUGGAUGAUUCAACAAUUUGCUUUAUAAAUGCAUAAAUUGAAUGUUGUUGUUUUGUAAAUUAAUAAAUUAAAAUAAUUGCAUAUGCAUAAAAAUUUA